CUUCCGGCCUGGACCGGGGAGGGUAGUCUUCGAGUUUCGGAGGGGCUUGGAGAGAGUGAACGCACUCGGGAAUUGUAGAAGGACGAGGUUCAGCGCUUGCCAGGCCAACGAGACAUGUCUGACACGAGUGAGAGGGGUACGGGCCCAACCGGCUUCCAGGCUGAAGCCUCAGAAAAGGACAGUGGCUUGAAGAUGCAGACCCUGUUGACAGUAACCCAGAACUUGGAGGUCUCAGAGACACCGAAGGCCCCAAAGGCACCAGAGGUCUCAGAGGCUGUGAAGGUUUUGAAUGCUGCCGGGGUCUCAAAGGCCACAGAGGUCUCAAAGGCUCCAGAGGCCCAGGAGGCAGCUGCCACCCAGGCCUCACCUACCACUAAGCUGACUGAUACCCAGGUUCUGGCAGCUGAAAAGAAGAGUCCAGCAGCUGACACCAAGAUGCAGAAUGCUGACCCUGAGGCUGUGACAGUGCCUGCCACUGAGACCAAAAAGGUCAGCUGUGUGGCUGAUACGAAGGUCAAUACAAAGGCCCUGGAGACUGAGGCUGCUGCCUCUCAGGCUCCAGCAGAUGAACCUGAGCCUGAGGGUGCAGCUGCCCAGGCUCGAGAGAAUCAGGAUACUCGGCCCAAGGUCAAGACCAAGAAAGCCCGAAAGGUGAAGCAUCUGAAUGGGGAAGAGGAUGGCAGCAGUGAUCAGAGUCAGGCUUCUGGAACCACAGGUGGCCGAAGAGUCUCGAAGGCCCUAAUGGCCUCAAUGGCCCGCAGGGCUUCAAGGGGUCCCAUAGCCUUUUGGGCCCGCAGGGCAUCAAGGACUCGGUUGGCUGCUUGGGCCCGGAGAGCUUUGCUCUCCCUGAGGUCACCUAAGGCCCGUAGGGGCAAGGCUCGCCGCAGAGCUGCCAAGCUCCAGUCAUCCCAAGAGCCUGAAGCACCACCACCUCGAGAUGUGGCCCUUUUGCAAGGGAGGGCAAAUGAUUUGGUGAAGUACCUGUUGGUUAAAGACCAGACAAAGAUUCCCAUCAAACGCUCAGACAUGCUGAAGGACAUCAUCAAAGAAUACACUGAUGUGUACCCAGAGAUCAUUGAACGAGCAGGCUAUUCCUUGGAGAAGAUGUUUCAAGUCAAUCUGAAAGAAAUUGAUAAGCAAAGUAGCUUGUAUACUCUCAGCACUCAAGAAUCCUCUGCCGGCGUACUGGGAAUGACCAAGGACACACUCAAACUAGGUCUCCUCAUGGUGCUUCUUAGCAUCAUCUUCAUGAAUGGAAAUCGGUCCAGUGAGGCUGUCAUCUGGGAGGUGCUGCACAAGUUGGGGCUGCGCCCUGGGGUGAGGCACUCACCCUUUGGGGAAGUAAGGACGCUCAUCACAGAUGAGUUUGCGAAGCAGAAGUACCUGGAGUACAAGAGGCUUCCCAGUAGCAGACCACCUGAAUACGAGUUCUGGGGCUUGCGCUCCUAUCAUGAGACUAGCAAGACGAAAGUCCUCAAGUUUGCAUGCAAGGUGCAGAAGAAAGACCCCAAGGACUGGGCAAGAGCCCAAAUGAGGAUUGGAGAGGAAGCUGUGGCUGGGCCCUGGAAUUAGGAUGACAUGGAUAUC